AUGCAGAUGCUUCUGGUAAGCAAAGCAGAAAGGUGACAGCUUCUAUCUCCUUGUCCCCAUUUUCCCCCCCAUUCAUACAAAGGUGAACUGGUCCUGAACAUGGAAGUUUCCUUUAGUUGUCAUGGCAAAUGCUCGUCCAUUUGCUUAAUUAUUCCCGCAAGCAAAAAUGAAAAGAGGAAGGGCUGUGGCUCUGGGGUGGAGCAAGAUGUUCUGGGUUCAAUCCUCAGUUUCUUCACAUAGGACUGGAGAGACACCACUGCCCAAAGCCGUACAGAAUCCAUCUGUUAUGUACUGAGUUGAAUAGGAUCCACAAUGCAGCAGUCUGAUUGGUCCUAGAAAAAUAGGAUUCAGAAUGCAGCAGUCUGACUGGUCCUAGAACAAUGCAGCAGUAUGAUUGGUCAGCAGGAGCCACCCAAUCCAGCUCCAGAUGGAAGUGAAUCCACAACCUGAUUGGCCUACAGGAGAAGUCCGGAAUUAGCCAAUCAUGUGCAGCCCAUUGUGUAAAUAAUGUAUAUAAAGCAGAUACUUUGGGGAAACUUUCAUUCCUCCUCACCACUAUGAGCUGAAUAAAGAGCAUGAAAUCCACUCUCGACUCUGAGUAUAUUUCACCAUCCCUCACCAUUCACCAUGAUAUCUGAUGCUGAUGGGAAUUGGAGUCUAACAGCAGCUGGAGGGACAUAGAUUCUCCAUCCCUGCUUUCUACCACCUUUCAGUGCAAACCUCUGAUUUUUGCUUCAUAUUGAUGCUGCUCUCGUCUUCCUUUCUUUUUUAAAAAUACCAUCUUAACUUGCAUCCAGCGCCACAUUCUAUGGUAUGAAUUAUAUGUUAAGAACAUAUGCUGAGCUGGAUCAGCCCCACCUAGACAAGACUCGUGUUUCCAACGACGGACAGUCAGAUAGAUCUGGGAAACCCAUAAGCAGAACUAGAAAGCAAAAGCGCCCUGUUGUCCAGUUGCCCACUGCCCUGGAAAAUUGAGGGGUUGGACUAGAUGACCCUUGAGGUCCCUUCUAACUCUACAAUUCUAUUUUUCUACAGGCAUUUCUUAGCUGUCCCCGCAUUUAUUCUGGCUCCCGUUCAAAGUCAUCUCUAGCAAUAGCCUGGUUAGAGAUGUGGGUCAACUCCACACUGGCUGUAAAGAACCAAACAGACUCAUCAUGCACAUCAGGGCUGGGUAUCAAAUGCUAGGUACUUAACAAUGGGGCCAGCACACUCAGUGUAAUGAAUGCAGGAUACCAGCACUGGUGACAGCAGUCACGAAAUUAAAAGACGCCUGCUUCUUGGGAGAAAAGCAAUGACAAACCUAGACAGCAUCUUAAAAAGCAGAGACAUCACCUUGCCAAUAAAGGUCCGUAUAGUUAAAGCUAUGGUUUUCCCAGUAGUGAUGUAUGGAAGUGAGAGCUGGACCAUAAAGAAGGCUGAUCGCAGAAGAAUUGAUGCUUUUGAAUUUUGGUGCUGGAGGAGACUCCUGAGAGUCCCAUGGACUGCAAGAAGAUCAAACCUAUCCAUUCUGAAGGAAAUCAGCCCUGAGUGCUCACUGGAAAGACAGAUCGUGAAGCUGAGGCUCCAAUACUUUGGCCACCUCAUGAGAAGAGAAGACUCCUGGAAAAGACCCUGAUGUUGGGAAAGAUGGAGGGCACAAGGAGAAGGGGACGACAGAGGACGAGAUGGUUGGACAGUGUUCUUGAAGCUACCAGCAGGAGUUUGACCAAACUGCGGGAGGCAGUGGAAGACAGGAGUGCCUGGCGUGCUCUGGUCCAUGGAGUCACGAAGAGUCAGACACGACUAAACGACUAAACAACAACACCAGCACCAAAUCUUGCUGCAGGGUGUUCCACAAGUUAAUUUUGUCCCUGCCCUGAAUCUACUGUCCAUGGAUGGCUUAAACUUUAUUGCAGGAAGUUUCACCAGUUAAUUUUGUGCCUGCUCUGAAUCUACUGCCCAUGCAUUGCUGCCCUCCCACCUUAAUCUUGUUGCAGGGAGUUCCACGAGUUCAUGUUGUGCCUGAAUCUGCUCCCCGCGCGUGGCUUGUCUUCACCUCGUCUUGGCUGUUCUCCGAUUCAUUCCCUCCCCGCCUCGCCUCUGUAAGCCCUUCCUCCCCCGGCGCGCUUAUUAUUAUCUGCAGCCACACACGUACUCUAGGAGCUGUCACUUUCGGUUCAAAGGUACGUGCCGGCUUCUUCGCCAUUGGCUCGGCUAAGAUAAGGCCACCACCUCAGAGGCGCCUGGGUUGGCUUGGUGAAGCAUCAGUCAUGCCAGGUGGGUGGGAUUAAAGAGGGAUUGAAUGGAAGGGAGGGGAGAAAGAGAGAGAUGAAGAACUGAUUAAGGAAGAGAGAGGAGCAGCAUCUCCGGGGUCCCCACCCCGCCAAAAACACACACACACCAAACCCGACCAGGUAGACGGGAUGCGGGAUGGGGAACGCAACGGGUGGUAUUGAGAAAUGCGCGCGGCAAUUUCCGAUGUUGUAUAUGUAAUAUUCUUAGUAGUGGGCUUAGAAAAAAAAAAUGCAUGUUGGCUAGCUUGUGUUCCUGCUAGAUUCCAAGAAGGACCAGAGGUGUGAUCCUGAUCCCUAUAAACACACGCGCACCCUGUGGACUCUGCGUUUAACAAAUGUCCAGUCCGAGAGGGGCAAAUACGGUCGGAUGAGGAGCCGUUGUUGUAGGAGUCAGAGGGAAGGCAGGCAAAGGGUGGUUGAGAGAGAGGGAGAGAAAAGCGUGCAUGUUUCCGAUGAUCGGGACCAAAUCCACACGUGAGAAGUGGAAUCCCCCCACCCAGGGAAAAAAAGAGACCAUGAAUGAAUGUCUAUAUGGACUGGGGAGAGGAUGCCUGAGGACCUCGCCAGCUUUUCCUUUGUCACGUCGUAUUGUGGGCAUCAGCUACUGUCUCCUGAUGGGGGAAUUUGGGUUGUGUCUGGGGUGGGGAGAGGACAGAUCCGUGGGGUGGGGAUCUGGCGCGCGCGUCUGCCGCACAUCUGCCCAGCCCAACCAAGAAGCCCUGGAUUUAUGAUUCAGCAUCAGCCAAGGAACUCUUGUGGGCUGGCGAGGGGGCUGAGAUGUGUGGUGAAUAGGGGAAUGAACCGGGGAAGCGACGGGGGUUUCCUCGCAAACCCAGCGAUCUCCUCGGUCUUUCUUUGUGCGGCGGAACAUUUCUGGCGAGGGCGAGGCGGAUCAGGUGGCUGAGUUAUUUUGGAACCCGGUUUGCCUGAAUGGAGCUGCGACGCUUUCAUUCUUCAGUGCCUUAAAAAAAAACAAGAAAUACAAAAUCCCUUUUGUAUUUCUUGAGGUAUGAGGGCUGGUUCUGGCGUCUCAGGGAGAUGCGCUCUGCACAUGUUCAGAAACGCUGCCUUGUGUUGCUGCUCUUAACACCUUCCAAUGCGCGCGCGCGGGGGCGGGGGAGAGAAUCGCCUUUGGAGUUUAAACCCCUGAGGAAUUACUGAGGGGGGGCUCCCUGACUGUGGAAGAGGGAAAGGGGCGAGAUGGGCUACCAGGUAUAAAAUUUUUGAAUUGUAGAGUUGGAAGGAACCCCGAGGAUUCUAGUCCAACCCUCUGCAAUGCAGGAAUCUUUCGGCUCGAGUGGGGCUCGGACCCACAACCCUGAGAUUAAGAGUCUCCUGCUUUAUCGACUGAGCUAUCCCAGAGUGAGGGACUGUGUUUGGAAAGACGGGGCUGCAAAAACAAUCAAGAUUUUUUCUUGUGUUUUUUUUCAAAAAAAUCAGAAAACUACAGAAUGUUCUGAAUGGGUUUUGAUAGGGAGGGUCAGAGCAAUCGCGGUGGUCCUCAAUCUCUUUCGAAACUGGCAAGGAAAUGGAGAAGGGUCAGCCCUGAGUGGCGAUUAGGCAGUAGUCUAGACGUGCGUCAAAAGGGGCGCCCUCUAAGAAACAUUGGAAGCUGCCUUAUACCGCGUUAGACCGUUGGCCCAUCUUAGCUCAGUAUCGUCUACACGGACUGGCAGCUGUUCUCCAGCAUCUCAGAUAGGCGUCUCACCAAACCAGGGGUACCAACUUGGAUAAAAUAUUGGGGGGGGGGGGAGUAAGCCGCGCCCGCAUAAUCGACCAUAUGACGCGGUGCAUGAAUGGCAGUGCUCAUGAAUUUUGGACGGGCCCGGCCCCCUCAAAUAUUUUAGGGGGGGAGACCCCUUGGCCCCUAGGAGUACAGCGGUACCUCGGGUUACAGACGCUUCAGGUUACAGACUCCGCUAACCCAGAAAUAUUGCUUCAGGUUAAGAACUUUGCUUCAGGAUGAGAACAGAAAUUGUGCUCCGGUGGCUCGGCAGCAGCAGGAGGCCCCAUUAGCUAAAGUGGUGCUUCAGGUUAAGAACAGUUUCAGGUUAAGUACGGACCUACGGAACGAAUUAAGUACUUAACCUGAGGUACCACUGUAUAUUGAAUGUGGGACUUGCAAGGCAGGCUCUCUCUCUCUGCCCCUGGGAUAAGGCUGCGCUCCGGCGGGGCCGGAGAGGCUGGGUCUCCCCGGUGUUCUGACAAUCCGGAUUCACUGCGGCUGCCAGCCCACGUGGGAGCGUGGGAAGCGACGCGCAGCAGCAGCACCCCCUCCAAUCCCCCACGGGGUGGUGGUGGUGGGGUCCCUGCCUUGCCUUCCUGCCUUUGGGAGCUGCCGGUGGGAAACGCUUGGCGAUGCGGGAGAGAAAGAGAGAGGGAUGUGGCUGGAGGGAGGGGUUCUCGAGGGCGGGGGCAGGUUAGGCGCUUAAUUGAAUUGCGGCGACUCGGAGGAGGGAGGGGCGCGGGGGAGGCGCGCUCGCGGGUCUCUAGCGUCUGCCGCCCGGGGUUAUGUUCGGUCAUCCACCUGUGCGCUCCGCUUCUGCGGCUGCUCGCCGACACGCACAGGAAGCCGCGGGCUGCUGCUUCCCCCGCCCUCCGCUGGUUUGGAGAAGCCGGGUAGCCGGCUCUCCUCGGCCACCGAUCGGCCUUGUGGAGCGACGUGGUGCUGCAUGUUGCAAUGAAAUGAAGCCCCGCCCCGUUUGUGGGACGUGGAGAGCCCCAGGGUGGUUGCGCUGGAGAAGUCGUGGGAACUGCAGCUGGCAGCCGGAGGGCACGUUCACACGACCCUUGUGGAGCAUUUGAGGGCACCGGGCUCGUACACACACACACACACACACCGCAUGUGCGUGGGUGUGGGCCCGGCCUUAAGUGGUUGCCUAAGCCCACUGAUAGGCAACUGGCAGCCUUGGAGCUAAAUGCAGCCCGCAGCUGAUUGAUUAGUUCUUGGCCCCAUUGCUCACCCUUGUGUCUUCCAGUAGAUAGAGCUAUGCACCCUUUUGGUCCUAGUCGGUGUCUUCAGAUGAUUCACAAGGGAGAAAAAAGACUUGGGAACACGCGACAUUGUCUUGACCACAGGCAACACCCUAUUUGGGGAACUGUAAUAUUUGAAAUGGUUUUAGAGUUGUAUUUCAAAUUGUUGUCACCCACCCUUAUGAUGAAGGGCAGGUAAUAUGUCGAAACUGUCAUCGCCGUCAGCUGGGGCCUCUAAAACUAGUAGGAUCCUGAUUCUUUGGGAACUGGCUCUUGGGCAGCUGGGGAAGUGUUUGGAUGUGCAGGGAUGCAAUGAACAUAGACUGAACUAUGAAGAAAUAAACUCUGGCAUCAUGCCUUCUUGGAGGCCAGCUUUGCAAACUGCAGCUGGAAGGUUGCAUAUUUCAUGGCUGCCUCGCUCUGAAAUGCGAAAUGCAAAAGGGGCUGCCAACUUUUUUUCCUGGCAAGGCUCCUGUGUCUUUAAAUGCAAGUAAUAAUAAUAAUAUUUCUGCAGCAUGUAAAGAUUUCCCACACAACAAAAGUUUCAUAUGCCCUAUUUCCCACUGCGCUUCAGCUGUGAAAGGCUCAGGAGCCUUGCCAGACAAAAUAGUUGGCUAGCUCUGAAACUUCGCUUGCAGCUGGGCGACAACUAAUGGAAGGCUCUUCUGCAAAUUCAGCCAUGCACAAGCCCAAUUAAAUCAAUGUGGUUAAGUGCACCUAGCAGUAGCACAGGGUUGGGUUAUUCCCGACCUCGCUUGAGGGAGAGGCCUUCGUGAGAUAAGUUGAACAAACAACCUAAUCGCAGAGGCACUUGAGGUUUCUCAUGCUCUUGUGCAUCACUAAUACUCAUGGCUAAUUGUCUGUGGGUAGGUGGGAGCUGGAGGUGACUCAUGAAAGGUCUCUAUUUCAUUCAGAUUGAAAGCGCAGAACCUUGAGUGAGGUCACUUGGUUGGUUGGGGGGAAACUGAAUCACAUGUGGGGAAAUUCAGCUCAGACAAUAGCGAGUGGAGCAUGAAGAGAUGGGCAAAGCAUUCCUAGCAGGUUUGGAAGGAGAAUCAUAUAUCAUUUUAGAGAUGGAAGGGGCCAUGAGGGUCAUCUAGUCCAGCCCCCUGCUUUGCAGGAAUCUUUUGCCCAGCGUGAGGCUAAACCCCCGAGAUUAAGAGUCUCAUGCUUUACUGACUGAGCUAUUCCACCUCUUCACUGGCCUGCACUAGGCAGGUAGAAGCCUGGCCAGUGAGUGGAUUUUCAAUCUUUUUAUUUUUCAGUCUUUUUAUUUUUUUAUACUAAUGAGAGGGAAGAAAUGCCAGCUCUGAGGCUGACAUACCUUCUGGUCUUUCUGAGGACACGUCGGGGGAAGUGAGUGGAGCUUUGAAUCUAGUGCAGGGGUAGGCAACCUAAGGCCCGGGGGCCGGAUGUGGCCCAAUCAGACAGUCUGGGAAUCAGCGUGUUUUUACAUGAGUAGAAUGUGCCCUUUUAUUUAAAAUGCAUCUCUGGGUUAUUUGUGGGGCAUAGGAAUUCGUUCAUUUUUCCCCUUCAAAAUAUAGUCCGGCCCACCACAUGGCCUGAGGGACGGUGGACCGGCCCACAGCUGAAAAAGGUUGCUGGCCCCUGAUCUAGUGGAUCCAAGGCCUUUCCCCACAACAGACCCAAUCCAUGGAACACUGGCAGCAGUGCGGCACCCGUGGCAGAGCCUGUGGCUGUGGACCUCACUCUGUGCUCUCAGCAGGGGAGAUCCGCACCAUGCAAUGGCCAUGUAGCUGCCCUCUCCAGGAGUUUGGGAUUACUCACAUAAUCAUGGUGCAUGAGAGGCAAUGGUCACGAGGCUAAUGGAUGCAGUAAAAAAAACACUCUUUGUAAUUUGCAGCAGCAAAAUGAGAGAUUCCCAGAAACCAUACUCUGAAGGAGUGGUUUUCAACCAAUGUUCUGUGGCACCCUAGGUGCCAAGGGCAACAUUGGCCUCUGUCCCUCUUUCCUUCUGAUUCCCUCUCACGUUUCUGCCUCCCAGAGGCUUGCACAGCUGUUUGUUGCAGCAGCCCUGGCUAUUAGCUCUGCAGGCGAAGGGUGCCUCUGGGAGGCAACUCUCCUUGGGGUGGGGGUGGGGAGCAGCUUAGAGACCCAGGAUGGCAGUAGCAGCUGCCCGGAGGACUCCCAAGGAGAGGGGAAAGGAGAGAAGGUUGAAGGAACACUCCACAAGGGAAGGUGUUUUGAAAAGGGGUAAGGGGCUGCUAGCUCAGCAGGCAAGGGGUGACAUAACUGGGCUCCUGAGCCCCACAGGGGUGCAGGAGAAAGACUGUAGUUGGUUAAGGGAGCUAUGGACUCAAAAAGUUUGAAAACCUCUGGGUACUUACAUGAAACUAUUAAUAAAACACAAAGCACUUAUAUCUGGUAUCAGCAAGGUUAUAGCAACCUGUACCAUUAAAAGAAACCUUCAGGUUCUCAAUCUAUUUAGUUCUAUAUUUGAUUUUUUAAUUAAUUGAUUAAUUAACUAAUAUUUUGCCUUUUCCCCAUUAUGGAAGUCAAGACGGCAUUGCAGGGGGUUGGACUACAUGGCCUUUCAGACUCUACAAUUCUAUGAUCCUAUGAUUCAUGCAGGUACCCAGGAGGUCUCCUGCCCCAUGAAAGGUUACUACAUCAUGCACCAUAUUGCACCAUAAGUCCUGAACUGCCAUGAGCAGACUCUGUUCUUCUACCAGCUACAAUUCUAGCUCUGCAUGUAAUCUUGGGCAAAUCCAGCGGGUUCUAAUGUCGGCAGCCUCCCUAUUCUCUCAGUAAAUUGUCACAUGAAGUUUGGAAAUCAUUUUGGCAGUGGUAACAGCGUUACAAGGCCCCUGCUGCUCCUUAUCCACCGACAGCCCGGGUAGAAAAGGCGUGGCUCAGGAUCCCCACACACCCAAAGUGUUGAAAAACCUCUUUACACAGGUUUCCCCUCCCCAAUUCUAACUGUAUUCAGCAGCGGAAGAAGCUGCUUGGGCGCUUGGGGACAGCGCGAGGGCAGAGGGAGCUGCCCAUAGGGGCGGAGCACGACGUUGGGCCUCCAGAGUCUGCCUUCCUCCUCCCACUCAGCCGCCCUACAGCUGAGGGGUUUGGGCAGCAUGGAGCCUGCGCGUGCCCGAGCUACCGCAUGUCUCCCAGGAGAGACAUGUGGCUUGGGCAUGCUGCAGGCCCUGCAGUGAGUGCCACCCGGCAUUUUGUCACCCCCCACAGUGGUGACACCCGGGGCGGCCUGCACCCACCACACCUUCCUUCCUCCGCCCCUGAUUGUAGUAGCAAGUUGAGCUGCUUAAAAAGGGUCAUUGUUGGAGCAAGCCUCCAGUGGAAACAUGCCUAAGGCUUCAGAGGAAUCGCUAUCCGUUCUCAUGAUCUCUGCUAGUCAUGCACAAUGGGAGCUGGCAAUGUGCAUCUGUCAUCAGCUUGACCUUAACUACAAUGUCAUUGUGAAUGGUGCAAGCCAUAUCUUCUCCACCCAUCCCAAACAGAGAGAGAGAGAGAGGGAGGUUUAUACCUCCUGACUAGCGUCCACCUUAUUUUGUAAGGGUCGGAAUGCGAACACUCCCGGAAAAUGUUGCUUGCCCUGUCGAAAAUCUCCCUCAACUACCCUCAUCCCACCAGAAGUCCUUUCAUAAUAGGGGUGGUAGUAGCAAAGGAUUGGCUGCACUGGAACGGAGUGCCACUGUUGAAUAAAGGAACUGGAGGAAAUGGUGGAUUGGGCCUAUCAGAACUGAGUGCCACUGUUGAAUAAAGGAACUGGAGGAAAUGGUGGAUUGGGCCUAUCAGUUUUAAAUCUGCUUUGAAUUUGGGGUGUGCCAUAAGUUUUGUUUUUGCUGUAUCUAUGUUUCUGUUCAUUUUGUGGUUUUACAUAUUUAUUUUGUAGUUUUAAAAAUGUUUCUUCCUUAUUUACCAUAAGCUGCCCAGAGAAACUUUUCUUAUGGAAUAGCACAAAUAGUGUUGGUAAAGGAACUCCGCAUCACUCCUCUGACAUAUUUUACUAGCCUUGCUGGAAAUCCUCUGACUUCCCUCUCAAUUCAUGCAAUGUUUUGCCAAUGCGGGGAAUCCCCAAACUCAUUUUGAAUCUUGCUUUAGGCAACUUUGCAGCAGCAACUGUAAACUGACUUAUUCAUUCUGCCCCAGCCCAGGGCGUAUGUGUGCAUUAGACCACAACUUCUUGUUUCUUCUUCCAUGUAUGUGAGAUCAGUUGUCUUCAGGCCUCUGGCAGGAUUCCUAAUGCACACAAGUAUUAAAGUGAAGAAAAAACUGCUUUUUGCGUGACCUCUGUUUACCCACAAAACAUUUUAAGCUUAUACGGACAUCUAAUUUCAUGUCAUUUCUCAGUUCCAUAAUCUGUCUCAGACCCUCCAAGUGUCCCUGCUUUCCAGGGACAGUCCCAGAUUUACAGAAGCUGUCCCGAUUUUUAAUUUGAUCCCAAAAUGUCCCACUUUUCCUUAGGAUGGCCCUAUUUUCAUUGGAGAAAUGUUGGAGGUUAUGGAGUUAUGCAACCCCCAAGCCAAGGGGAUAAGUAACUUUACAACUUUUAGAAGACAUCUGAAGGCAACGCUGUAUAGGGAAGCUUUUUAAUGUUUAAUGUUUUAUUAUGUUCUUAAUAUAUGCUGGAAGCUGCCCAGAGUGACUGGGGCAACCCAGCCAAAUGGCCAGGGUAUAAAUAAUAAAAUUGUUGUUGUUGAAUAGGACGCCCCUAUUUUCCUCAGAGAAAUGUUUGAGGGUAUGUGUGCCUUUCCUCUCCAGACCUGGGUGUUCCCAAGAUAUUUUCUGUUGAUCCUGGAGUAUGCAAUUGAAACACCACAGAGCGGUUUGAAACUUAAUUGGUUUAUUAACAACGGACUCAGCUACAUUAGUAAAGAAACAGCUAUUUGAAUGCACUAUAAACACACAACACCAGAUGGCACCAGAGAGCAGUAAAUUUUAAAAUGUAAUUAUUCAUAGGGAUUUCUUUCUUUUGUCACAACGAUCUAAUUUUUGACUUAUUUAUAGUGGGGGGUUUUCCUGUGUCUAGAUCCACCCAAGGUUAUAUACAGUUCUCUUGCAGGGCUCCUACUACAAGCCUGCCCCCCUCCCUUCAGUAUACCUGACAAAAACCCAAGCUAUUUCCCACAAACAUGCCACUUUGUGCCUGUGACCUGAGAAUGAAUGGAACUUGCUCUCUGCCACUUUUGAAAGAGUUCAAGAGUCACAUGAGGAGAUGCUAUGUUCUAUGGACAACAUGUAGGUGAUAAACAAAUUAUUCAUGUGAAUCCCUUCAUUUCACUUCUUUCCUGAUGUUGGGGAACAGAUUGCCAUUACAGUUGUACCUUGGAAGUUGAACAGAAUAUAUUCCAGAAGUCCGUUCAACUUCCAAAAUGUUCGAAAACCAAAUUGUGGCUUCUGAUUGGCUGCAGGAAGCUCUUGCAGCCAAUUGGAAGCAGCGGAAGCCCCAUCAGACGCUCAGGUUCCAAAAGAACAUUCGCAAACUGGAACAAUCACUUCUGGGUUUGUGGCGUUCAGUAGCAAAAACAUCCAAGUUCCAGGGUGUUCGAGAUCCAAAGUAUGACUGUAUUUUCAUGUCUUGGUUGAUCUGGCUGGCUGCUUUUGGAAUUGAAAGGCAGGAAUGGCUAGACCUUGUCCUAUCCAACUGAGCAAAUUUCAAGAGCUAUCGCCAUUCUUUUGGAACUCUGAAAGGAGGAAAGCUUGAGUCCAGAGUCCACUUUAAAAGGAUGGAGCUGCCCUUUGCAUAUCCCUCUCUGAGCUACUCCUAAAGGUCAGGGGUGCUUCCAGAAUGGUGUGGAAUCUGGAAUGGGCAUUGGCUGCAUCUGGAGGAGGAAACAUGUAGGAGUUAAGGACCUCCUGCCCUUUACAUGCAUGGAAGUACCUUCUUUUCACAUAAGGCGAAUUCUGAAUUCCACCCAGGGUCAGUCACUAAGUUGGUCUGAAAGGCAGGAUAUAAAAGAGAUUGGGUUAUUAUGGGAUUCCUUCUAGGACCCAACCAGAACUGCAUUGCCAGGCAUCUCUAAUGCUAGCCUGGAUAGGUCAGAAAAAGGAAAUAGCAUGGGACAGGGUGAGCAAGGCAGCUUUUGUGGGGUGACCUUUCCUCCACCCCUUUUUUUCUUUAAAAUACAAUCAAAGCUGAAAAGUAUGCUUUUGAAGGAUUUGCAGUUUCCGAAGAAACGUAUCCCUCUGCGACAGCUGCUGUGCAAUGCUGCUGUUUCUCAAGGGUAUGAGAUCUGGUUUGACAAAAUGUCCAUCUCUCCCAGAGAUGCAAAACGAGCCCCUUGGAAUGCCAACAGAUGUUUGUGCCUGGCAACGGAAACAUUAUAUACCCUUAUCUUGGGAAGAAAAUGCCGUGUCCAUUUGGCAGUGUGAUUGUGUGUUUUUUAAAGGAAUAUUUUUUUUCCACCCCUUGGCACUGGGAACAAAAUUUAUGGCUAAUGUUUCGAAAAGGCCUCCUGGGGAGGAAGGAAGGAAGGAUGGAUGGUAGACACCCACCUUUGAUCUCUCUUCCCAAUGAUCCCCUUCCCCAUAGACCUCAAGGGGCAGGUCCAUGCCAUACAAUACCCAUUUAAAGCACAUGUGCAUUGGAUGAACUUUAAUUGUAAGGUGUGCAUAUGGUUGGUGCAUUUGUGCUUGCAGUCAGUUUCAUUUUCAUUUACUAAACUUCUUCUUCUUCUUCUUCUUCUUCUUCUUCUUCGGCGAUGACUCAUAGCCAAGUAAGAUUGUCUUCCAUAAACACAGUUUUAACAGUGACUGUGGAGGCCAAUUCUGGAUCCACACGUCCUUUCACAGUGGGGACAUGGGUUUCCGGGUGGGAGUUGAUCAUGGUGAGGGUUUCCUUCCUCUUAGCAUGUUUCUUCUUUUCGUCCUGAGUUCAAGCGUCUUCAAAGACCAUGGCACCUUUGGUAAAGGCUGUUCUUCAAUUGGAGCACUCUCAGGCCAGUGUUUCCCAGUUGUCAGGUGUUUAUGCUACAUUUUUAAACAUUUGCCUUGAGAAAGUCUUUAAACCUCUUUUGUUGACCACCAGCAUUACGCUUCCCAUUUUUAAGUUUGGAAUAGAGUAGUUGCUUUGGAAGACGAUAAUCAGGCAUCCACACAACAUGACCAGUCCAACGAAGCUGAUGUUGAAGAAUCAUUGCUUCAACACUGGUGAUAUUAUUAUCCACUUGUCACCCAAAGGUCUACAAGCAAUUUACAGCAAAAAAAAGAGAUACAUAUUACCAUGGGGGGGGGGGUCGGUGUGUGUGUGUUAUACAAUACACUGUGCUCUGGUCCAUGGGGUCACAAAGAAUUGGACACGACUAAACGACUAAACAACAACAACAACAUUUUAUAUAACCAGUGCUUUUUCCUGGGGAUAUUCAAGAGUACGCAGUACGGGCACCUUUUUCCCCUAAAAGAAAAGCACUGGUUAAAAGUGUAGCACUUACUGUAACAACUUUAUGGUGAAUACUGGCACCUCCUUUUCUAGAAGAAAAACACUGCAUAGAACAUAACACCCUUAAAAAAAUACUCAAAUAAUAAACAAAGCAAUUCUCAGACCCACUCAUUAACAAAUCCAAAACCUCACCUCCCCCUAGUCCAAAAAUCAUUCACAUCGAAACAUCAAUUUCCCCAUUUAACCUCACCACCCAGAAGUCUGGGGUCAAGUCCAUUUAUUACAAACCAGUGGUGGAUUUGAUAGCCUCUCAUCCAACUUUGGUGGUCACUGGUUAUGUUCCAGUCGUGCUCCUUUAACUCAGUGGCAGGCAACUAUCUUUAGCCCAAGGAUGGAGGCUCUUAGAGUAGGUUAUAAACUAGCUUGCAAAAGCCAGAGGUUUCGGUGCACUUCCAUGCACACGGAUGUUUCUACAGCCAGCCAUGCAAGAGGGUAUUAUCAGUUCAAGGACAUGUACCAGCCAGGGAAAAGCACUUUGACAGGAGCAAUGCCCCUGAACAAGGCUAGAUCCAAGGAUCCCUCCAAGGUGGUGUUGUGGUUCAAAGGGUUGCUCAUGUGUAAGCCGGUGCCCACACCUGGCUGGGUUGCCUAAGUGAACCUUUUCUGUCCGGACAGCCACUCACCCGUGGCUGUCUCAAUCGCUGGCAGAAUCCAUCAGUGGGCGUUUCUUAAACUUCUUCCAGCAAAGAAGUUUCACGCCCAGUCGCCUCCUACUUUCCCUGCGUGGAAGCCUUCUGCGCAAGGAAGGCAUAGGCAGCGGAGGACCCUUCCUCCCCCCGCUGGUCCCAGGCAAGGAGUCCUGUGACUCCCUCUCAGAUUCCCCCAUCUGCCACCCUUCUCUACUGGAGCUGGGCUGAUUCCCUUCCCUAGAAGAUGGGCUGCCUCUCCCAAUCCCGUGACGCUCUCUGGGAUCCCUCUGGAGCUCUCUCUCUCCCUCCGGCACUGAUGGCAGUUCCCUGACAGGUGGCAAUGUGUUUCUUUACCUCCUCGUUUUAUUCUCACAACAACCUUGUGAGGUAGGUUAGGCUGAGAGGCAGCGACUGCCUCCAAGUGCUCCAUGCCUCAGUGGGGAUUUGAACCCUGGUCUCCCAGGUCUUAGUCCGGCACUCGAACCACUACACCACACUGGAUCUCAAUAACAAAUAGGAAACAAGAAAGAAGCUGAGGGACUAGAGAGGGCAUACACAACCCUUGUAUACUGAAAGGCACAGGCAACCCAACUCCUACAACGAAGAGUGAAAGUCUAAUUUUCAUUUGCCAAGUGAGUCAGCCCUGCAAUUGGUCACGUCAGGUUGAUAGACCAAAAUGCAUUGAGCACAAUCUCUCACAAGCAAUUGAAAUGGAAAGAGUAAAAAAAAAAAGUCACGAAGGUUCAAAGACAUUUGGCAGAAAAGCUUUGCACGUCAAUAAUUGUUCUCUCCCCAUUCAACCAAUCAACCAACCAACAAGUCUGUUUUGUUUUUCACUGAUAUUGUUCCUGGGAAGAAUUGGAGGAAAGUGUUUAGCUGGCAGUGGGAAGUGUAUUUGGCUUUUGUAUGCAAACGUUCUUUGUCAGACACUUUGGUAAUAUCUGUGACGUAAAUAUUUGGGCCGUCUUGCAAUUUACAAGGCUCAGGGGACCUUUUUUUUCUCAUUUCGUGGCCAGUCUCUUGCCGGUGGAGUUGCACAGAUAGUUUUAAACCAGGGGUCAGCAAACGUUUUCAGCCAGGGGACCGGUCCACUGUCCCUCAGACCUUGUGGGGGGCCAGACUAUAUGGGGGAGGGGGAAUGAACGAAUUCCUAUGCCCCACAAAUAACCCAGAGAUGCAUUUUAAAUAAAAGCACACAUUCUACUCAUGUAAAAACACACAGAUUCCCACACCGUCCGUGAGCCAGAUUUAGAAGGUGAUUGGGCCGGAUCCAGCCCCCAGGUCUUAGUUUGCCUACCCAUGGUUUAGGUGUUGCUUGAAAGGCAGACGUUGUGGUUUUUAAAGGAAGGAGAUAUCAGAGUAUUUGCACGGCCUCCAGCUAUGGCUUUUGAGCAUUUCCUUUUUGAACUCUACAUACUGUUUCUUGGUGUGCUCUCCAUACUAGACAUGAGCUCCAAUUAUAUAUUCUGCUGGUGAAUUACUGAAAUUCUCUCUUUGAACAAUUCUUAAGAUUCUUUAUCAAAGGGCUUGUUCAUAGGUUGGCAUUGGUCAGUGAUCACUGCUUUUGUGCUGGUUUCCCAGCCUGCUGGGCUCAAAAAAUGCCUGGAUUUUCAUAUGUACGCCGGACCUGCACAGAGACUUCUGAAUUCUAGCACUCGGCAGUGACAUCAUAAUCGAGCACCAGAGCAUGGAGGUCCUAGACCCGUAACAUAUGCAAAAUACAUCAGGACUCCAUUUUCACUGCUCUGCUUCUUGCAUGCUAAAUACCAGAGGCAGAAGGGAAGGCCAAAAAGGUCCAAUUCACAGGGUGGAGAGCAUAGAUUUCUGAGAUAGCUCUAGUGGUUUUUUGCAUGUAGGCUAAAGGGAAGGAGGUUUCUGCUAAAAUAGGUAAUGACCCUAAUAUAUACCAGAAUGUGAAAUAAUAUAGAAACAGGAAGACAAACACACCCAACUUACUCAUUCUGCUUACUUUCAUCCACCCCCAUCGUUCAGCCCGGACACUGAGGUCCAGCUCCGAGGGCCUUCUGGCAGUUCCCUCACCAGGAGAAGUGAGGUUACAGGGAGCCAGGCAGAGGGCCUUCUCGGUAGUGGCACCCACCCUGUGGAAUGCCCUACCAUCAGAUGCCAAGGAGAUAAGUAACUAUACAACCUUUAGAAGACCUCUGAAGGCAGCCCCGUAUAGGGAAUUUUUUACAUGCUUAAUGUUUUUAUGUAUGCUGGAAGCCUCUAAGAGUGCCUGGUGCAACCCAGUCAGAUGGGCAGGGUACAAAUAAUAAUUUUUUUUGUUGUUGCUGCUGCUUCUGCCGUUAUCCUAAUCCACUCCACAGUAGCAUUAUUUGAACAUAACACAAACCAUGGUUUCUGCGAACUAUGGCACACAAACCAUGGAGCUUCCAAAUGUACUGAAAUAUACUCGAGUGUGGAUUUCAUGCUCUUUAUUCAGCUCAUAGUAGUGAGGAAUGCCAGUUCCCCCCAAAAUGUCUGCUUUAUAUACGGUACAUUAUUUACACAAUGGGCCCCACGUCAUUGGCUAAUUCCAGGAUUCUCCUGUAGGCCAAUCAGGUUGCGGAUUCACUUCCACCUGGAGCUGGAUUGGGUGGCUCCUGCGGACCAAUCAGACUGCUGCAUUUUGGAUCCUAUUGUUCUAGGACCAAACAGACUGCUGCAUUUUGGAUCCUAUUCAACUCAAUGCAUAACAUGUACAUACCAACUAUGGUUGAAGGCUGGUUGUCUGUUUCCAUUUCCCAUUUCCUUGGUGCUGUAGAUUCUAGACUCAAUAUCUUCCAGAGGCAGUGCACCUGCCUUAAAUUUCAGACAAUAAAACUUGGUACAGGCCACUGACAACCCCGAUUUCCAAUUCUGGUUAGCUUGUUGUUGUUGUUUAGUGGUUUAGUCAUGUUCCACUGCCUCCCGCAGUUUGGUCAAACUCAUGCUGGUAGCUUCGAGAACACUGUCCAACCAUCUCGUCCUCUGUCGUCCCCUUCUCCUUGUGCCCUCCAUCUUUCCCAACAUCAGGGUCUUUUCCAGGGAGUCUUCUCUUCUCAUGAGGUGGCCAAAAUAUUGGAGCCUCAGCUUCAGGAUCUGUCCUUCCAGUGAGCACUCAGGGCUGAUUUCCUUCAGAAUGGAGAGGUUUGAUCUUCUUGCAGUCCAUGGGACUCUCAAGAGUCUCCUCCAACACCAUAAUUCAAAAGCAUCAAUUCUUCCGCGACCAGCCUUCUUAUGGUCCAGCUCUUACUUCCUUACAUCACUACUGGGAAAACCAUAACUUUAACUAUAUGGACCUUUGUUGGCAAGGUGAUGUCUCUGCUUUUAAAGCAAUGACAAACCUAGACAGCAUCUGGUUAGCUACAUCUUUCAGUUCACACAUUGCCCCAAACCAUAGUUAAGUUUUCUUAACCAUGCAUGCAACAGAAGUCCCCUUUCUCCUCAUGCCCUUUCCCAUCCCAAAUGUGCUCUGGGUUUAGCGGGUGUGCAGUGGGGGAGGAGAGCUGGGGAGCUCCAUUGCGGAAGCAGAAGUCCUUGCACUAACAAUGGGGCGAGUGACUUAGCUCUGCUUUGGAUACAAGCCCAUUGUUUGGAAUUGCUACAGUAUCUGAGCUGAGCCAGUGUGCAGCCUACUUCAUCAGAAGUGUAUCUAUUUUCUAUCUGAUAACUGUUGGGAAGCAUGCAAAUGUUUCCACAAAAGCUGAUGCUUUGUUUACACAAAGAUGGUGAAUCAUUAUCUCUUUAAUUUGCUUUGUCCUGGGAGGAGAGCCAGAAACCACGGUCCAGAUAAAGGCUUUCCUUUGUUCAUGUUUUCAAAUACAUAAGAAGCUUCCUUUGCAAAUGGUGGGGUCCAAAUGGCACUGGCUUGCCCGUUCAUACUGGGCUCAGUUCAAGGUGUUGACUUCUACAUAUAAUGCCCCGAAUGACUUAGGGAACCAAAGCCUUAAAGGACAACCUCUGCUGGUCUGGACCUUGAGAUUUGCAACAGAGGUCUUUUUUCAUGGUUCCACCAAUAGGGGUAACCCAUGGUUGCAGUGUCAUAGGAUGGGCGAUUUCAGUGGUGGUGGUGCCCUGGUUACGGAUCUUGCCCACCCCACUUUGGAGGUCCAGGUCUCUCUGGUUAGUGGUUUUUUGGUGUCAGCUUAAGAUGUAUAUUUUCAACGUGGUGUUUUUCUGUCUAUUCUGUCUGCAAUUUUCUGUCUAUUCCUAAAUUGCUGGAGUGGCAGUAUACAUAGGAACCAACUCCUAGGGGCCGAAAGUCUUCACCCCCCCCAAUAAAAUAUUGUAUGGGGCCAGCCCCCCAAUGUUUUAUUCAAGCUGGCACCCCUGGUGGUAUAUAUUUUGAAGUGAAUGUUGUUUGUUUUAAUCUCUAACCUGAUUGUGCUGUUUGGUAUGGCUUUCUGUUUUAAUUUGUUAUUUUGCACACCACUCUAGGAUCUCAUGGCUGAGCUGGCUGAGCAACAAGCAUUGUGUAUAUUUUAAUGAACUGAAUAGAGUGAAAUAUAAUAUUAUGAGUCAUGGGAACAUGGAAAGUGUGUAUGAACUUCACAGUGCUUAGCUUGUGGGUUUUUGGGGGUUUUUUUGGUUCCUAUUUUGUUAAUAUUGUUUUAUAGAUUAUAAAUGCUGUAAUGAUUUGUCAAUAACACAACUUUUUCUGCAAUUGCUGCUUUAUUAGUGCUUUACAGAUGAUUUUACUGAAGGUUUCUUAAUUAUUUUAUACGAUUUAUGCUGUACUUGCAAUGCUCUAUGUUGUUAUUUAUUGUUCGUAAGAUGCUUUGGGAUUCAUUUGAACGAAAAGUAGCAUAGAAAUAUAACAAAUUUAAAAGAAAAAUCAAAUCAACCAGCCAUGUGGUUCAGAAAAGCAUGGAAAUGACACAAGGCUUUGUGUCGGCCCUGGCCCACUUAAGAGGGGGAGGUAUUAAAAUCACACAUCAACUCUGGAGUGGGAAAAAAGAUCCCUGAAUAAUUCUGAUUUAGGUCAUUAUUUAUCCCCCACAUAGAACUGAUGCACCCCCAAAAUUCCCACUAUCCCACCAUGUAACACUGAGCUUUCUGCCACUUUUUAAAAGCUGUGGGCUGGUAUUUCCUUCAGAAGUUCUAAAGCAGGGGUUGAGACCUUGUGUUGCUCCAGAUGUUGCCAAGACUCCAUCAUCUCUGACCAUUGGCCAUGCUGACUGGGGCUGAUGGGGCUUCUGGAGGGGUACAGAUUCUUUGUUCUAGAACAGGCUUCCUCAACCUCGGCCCUCCAGAUGUUUUGAGACUACAGUUCCCAUCAUCCCUGACCACUGGUCCUGCUAGCUAGGGAUCAUGGGAGUUGUAGGCCAAAAACAACUGGAAGGACAAGGUUGAGGAAGCCUGUUCUAGAAGGACCAAAAUGAAGGAUGCCCACUUUUAGUCUGGUUGUCUUGGGAACUGAUCUGGCAACAGGAACUAAUGCAGCCCACCCAUGUCAUUUGUUGCAAUCUGCUAGGUGUUUAAAAUCUCCCACUCCUCCUUUGGCUUGCAGUCCCAAGCAAGAAACGAAAACAUGAGGUUGAUAGUGUCCCUGGUGAGCUAUUAUGACAUGAUCGGUAAUGGGCUGUGUUCUGCCUUGCAGGCCUUGAGUUAUGCAGAACUCCGUGCAGCUCUUGUCAAUGGACUGGUUGGCUCUAUCAAGCUCCAGAAGCUGGACUAAUUUGUUUGGUCAGCUCACAUCUCAUAGCAUGUUAGAAUCAAUGUUUUAUAAACAGUUCCAGUUCAAUGAAUGUGACGUGAAAUGAGCUCUGCAUCCUUUCCCAUUGCAUGCUGCCAAAAUAAAUCUAUUGAUUACGGAUUGGAAACAAAAUAAAGAGCAGGGCUGGGGGGAGGGGUUAUCAUCUGACUCCUCUCGCCCAGUACAUUUUUAAAAGUGCAUCAUUCAUGCUUGGAGACAACAAAUGGUCUCCAAUUCUUUUAGUGAUGGUUGAGAACAUUUGCUGGUCAUUCAAUUUGCAGUUUUUAUCCUUUUUCUUUCUAUUUGGGUGGCAAUUAACUUAGGAUUUGUUUUAUUGUUCUGUGUUGCCUUGAAGCCAUUUCAAGUGCAAGACAUGGUAUAGAUUCCAUCAUUGCUGGUUUUAUGUUUCUCUAGUUUUUAAUAUUAUUUUAUUAUUAUUUAAUGACGUUAUAUACUGCCCUAUAGGGACGCGGGGGAGCUGUGGGUUAAACCACAGAGCCUAGGACUUGCCAAUCAGAAGGGCAGCAGUUCGAAUCCUUGCAACGGGGUGAGCUCGGUCCCUGCUCCUGUCCACCUAGCAGUUCUAAAGCACGUCAAAGUGCAAGUAGAUAAAUAGGUACCACUCCAGGGGGAAGGUAAACGGCGUUUCCGUGUGCUGCUCUGGUUCGCCAGAAGCGGCUUAGUCAUGCUGGCCACAUGACCCGGAAGCUGUACGCCGGCUCCCUGGGUCACUAAAGUGAAAUGAGCGCCGCAACCCCAGAGUCGGCCAUGACUGGACCUAAUGGUCAGGGGUCCCUUUACCUUUACUUAUACUGCCCUAUACCCGGAGGCAUAGUUACCAGGUAGGAGGCAUCUGGUUGGCCAUUGUGAGAACAGGAUGCUGGGCCUGAUCCAGUUGGCUCUUGUGUUAUUAUGAUAAUAAUGCUUAGCCAUAAGCAUACUUCACAUUUGCAGAGUGAUUUUUUUUCUUCUGAUGCCUUGAUAACCACACACAUUUUUUUAAUGAGGUUAUAUAUACAGCUCCCUGGCAGAGCUAUUAUUACAAGUCUGUAACCAGUUUCCCUCUACUGAAAGGUAGAGAGGUAGAAGGAAUCUGGAGUCUGAGGAGGAGAGUGCACUGCUAAUUCAGUUUAAAUCUUGCUUCCACAACAAACCCAGACAAUGGGUAAUAUAACAUCUUUCCCCAUCACAAGUCCCUCUAGAUGUUAUGGAUGCAGCUUCCAUUAUCCCUAGCUGGGGCUGAUGGGAGUUAUAGCUCAAAACAUCUGGAGGUAAAGGCAAAGGUAAAGGACCCCUGGAUGGUUAAGUCCAGUCAAAGGCGACUAUGGGGUUGCAGUGCUCAUCUCGCUUUCAGGCCGAGGGAGCCGGCGUUUGUCCACAAACAGCUUUCCAGGUCAUGUGGCCAGCAUGACUAAACCACUUCUGGCACCACAGAACACUGUGACAGAAACCAGAGCGCAUGGAUAUACCGUUUACCUUCUCACUGCAGUGGUACCUAUUUAUCUAAUUGCACUGGUGUGCUUUUGAACUGCUAGGUUGGCAGGAGCUGGGACAGAGCAAUGGGAAGCUCACCCCAUCACAGGGAUUUGAACCGCUGACCUUCUGAUUGGCAAGCCCAAGAGGCUCAGUGGUUUAGACCACAGCGCCACCCGCGUCCCACAUCUGGAGGGUGUCAGGUUGGUUGGGGAAUGCUGAUAUGGAAGAUGAUCACACUAUUCAGUUUGUGACCCAUGCUACACUACAGGGCUGGAGAACAGUUGGAUUCAACUCCUGCCAUCUCUUACCAAUGGCCAAUGGGAGUUGAAGUCUAACAAUAUUCAGAAGCCCAGCAGUUCCUCAUCUGUCAGGAAUGAGCCAACAGUAAAUUACACCAUGCAAGUUGGAGUCAGCUCUUUAUUUGCAACAACAGGAUCUGCACAGGGUUUGUCAGGCCUACUGAGCACAACAACUCGUAUCUGGAAGUCUUGCCCCCAUGAAGCAGUUGCUGAGGCUGAAGGUCCCCAUCUCCCCACAAAUAACACUGGUCUAGAAAGACCUACACUGGCUCCGAGCACAAUUCAAAGUGUUGGUGCUGACCUUUAAAGCCCUAAACAGCCUUGGUCCAGUAUACCCGAAGGAGAGUCUCCACCUCCAUUGUUCUGCCCUUUAUUGAGCUCCAGCGCUGAGGGCCUUCUGGUGGUUCCCUUGCUGCGAGAAGCCAAGUUACAGGGAACCAGGCAGAGGGCCUUCUCGGUAGUGGCACCCGCCCUGUGGAACGCCCUCCCACCAGAUGUCAAAGAGAAAAAUAACUACCAAACGUUUAGAAGACAUCUAAAGGCAGCCUUGCUUAAAGGUAAAGGUAAAGGGACCCCUGACCAUUAGGUCCAGUCGUGACCGAGUCUGGGGUUGCGGCGCUCAUCUCGCUUUACUGGCCGAGGGAGCCGGCGUACAGCUUCCGGGUCAUGUGGCCAGCAUGACUAAGCCACUUCUGGCGAACCAGAGCAGCACACGGAAACACCGUUUACCUUCCCGCCGGAGCGGUACCUAUUUAUCUACUUGCACUUCAGCGUGCUUUCGAACUGCUUUUAAUGUUUAAUAGGUUAUUGUAUUUUAAUAUUCUGUUGGAAGCCGCCCAGAGUGGCAGGGGGGACCCAGCCAGAUGGGCGGGGUAUAAAUAAUAAAUUAUUAUUAUUAUUAUUAUUAUUAUUAUUAUUAUUAUUACUGCCUAUGUCCACUCCCCUCCAGGGUUUCCCCCCCAAGCAAUUGGAGGCUGUGCCUGUGCAAUGCUGAUCUCUUUCCCACCCUUUCCAUGCCUCCUCUGGUUCUGGGAGACAAGCGGGAAGGGAAUCUUGUCACAGCAGGAGGGGGAGAUACUUGCAAGUCUUUACCAUACUGACUCAUCUCUGCUUCUUGGCCUCUCACCACCCAAUUUCCUGCCUCUGAUUCUGGACCUCUCUGCCACAGACUCUCCCAGUUCACUUAGCCCUGUUACCUCCUCAGCUUCCAGCAUCUCUUCCCCCCUCUCCAACCAGCCGAUGUCACAAUCUCUGAUUUAGCAUUAUGUGCAGUCCCAGUGCACGAGUCACUUCGGCCAACAUUCUCCAGCCUAUAGUCCUACUGAAGCCAAGGAGCUGUUCUUUGAUUUAAGAAAUGCCAGAACUAAUUGACAGCACUGAAGCUGGCUCUAAGGUCAUAACACUUUGCUCUUCCAUUGUGCCCUGUUGAAGCUUGCAUAUUUUCAGCCAAGACUGUCAGAAACUUGUCCAUCAUAUUCAGGAAAGACUUUUUGAAACAAGACCAUGCCUUUCUGCACCAACUCUUCCCCUUGGCAUUUUUAUGGUGAUUUACGAAGUUUCAGGGGAGGUGCACUGGAAGAGAGCCCCUGCACCCCCAUCAAAGCCUUUCUAUGCCCAGUUUGAUGACCUAGAAAGAUCCUCAAAAAUGUUCCUUUGUCGCAAUCCCUGUAGAAUUACCCUAGGAAACCAGAUACUGCAAAUUAAUUUUCACAAUUAAUGAGGCGUGUGUUGCUGCUGAUAAAGAAUCAAUUACUAGCAAGCAUCUGGGUGGUGAACCUCUUUCUCCAAAGUAAGCCAUAAGAGUGAACAAACCUUUUGGCUCUUUUCAUUUCACUUCUCUAAACAAGAUUUGGUUCUGCUUUUAGCUCUCCUGAGAGUCGUGGAUAUAAAUUUAUCUUCGUGGUUUUCAUUGCAAAGGCCAGAUACUUAUCUAAGAUUGAUGGCUAUUAAUAGAAUAGUUACAAGGAUGAAAGUUAAGUAUUACUGAGUCUAGCACUGUUCAGGUAACAACACCAUUCAGUACGGCCCAAAGUGUCAUUAAUUUUAGACUAUUUAAACUCUACAGUUACUUUCUUGCACAGCCACACUAAUUGUUAUGAAAAUAAAUGGUUUCCUGUAAGCCCAGCCUGGAUACCAGCUACCACUUAGCUAGAGUUCAUUCAACACCUUUGCAAUAUCUGCAGCACAGAUAUUGCUCUGGAGUGCACUUUUAUUAUACUUACGCUUGCCGUAAACCUUACAUGUUUCCUUGUUGCUGUUAGGUGCAUUUUUGCCCACUAAUGGCUUUGUGUCUUUAUUGUAUGUUGCCAUUAGUAAGGUUGCCACCUGAUGAAAGCAAACAUAAUGGGUUAGUCAUGUGAACUUUAACCACUUAAUUAACUGAUUAAAUCUGCAUAUAUUUGCAUAUGAAUUAAACAGAAGUUCCGACAAAAGAAAGGCAUCCAUUUUUUUUAUAAAAAAAAGAUGACUCACGUUAGAAAGUAAUGUUAAUCUAUCUUAGCAUUUUAACUGUUGUAUGUCUUAAAUUAACUGUUGUAAUUUUUUCUUGAUUUGUCCUAGUAUUAUUAUUACAGUCGUACCUUGGUUGUUGAAUGCCUUGGUACUCGUACGUUUCAGCUCUUGAACGAUUGAAACCCAGAAGUGAGUGUUCUGGUUUUCAAACUUUUUUGGGAAGUUGAACAUUUGAUGUGGCUUCCAAUUGGCUGCAGGAGCUUCCUGCAGCCAAUCAGAAGCCGCGCUUUGGUUUCUGAACAUUUUGGAAGUCGAACGGACUUCCGGAACAGAUUUUGUUCGACUUCCAAGGUACGACUGUAUUAUGAUGAUGUAUUUGUAUAAAGACCUUGCAUCACAAAGGCAUCAUAUUUACAACCAUGCUCAUAAAAGGUAAGAUAGACAGACAGAGAGACAGACAGACAGGAGUCAUACAAACAACUUAAAAACAGCAUUCCCAAUUAUUUUUUGCUUUAAAAAAAGGAAAUCUACUGUGUGGUGGGCUCUGUAGUCAUUAUAAUAUGCAUGGAUGUGUUGCAAAAAGGUGCAGUCUUCUUUUGAAAGGUUUUAACUACUAAUUAGUGCAUUAAAUGCAUGCUUUCUUAAAAGUGAGACCCACUUUUCCACAAAACUUACUUCCUGGUAACGAAACUUACUUCCUGGUAACUGUGCAUAAGAUUGCAACCUACUACUCAAACCAGAAGUGGAUCCUUUUUCUUCUACUUCUUCUUUUCAUAUCCUCCAUUGCGUCUCCAGUCCCAGCAAAUUGCUAAUAAACUUUAAUUCUUCCAGCAAAAGUGCGUUAGUUGCUCCAAAGCACUAAUGGCUUCUAAUGACUCUGCCAAAUCAAAUCACAGCCCUUGAUUCAGCAAGAACAGGCUGUAUAUUCUCACUGGUCUCGCUCAGGUUCUUCGUGAGCACGUCCAAAAAUAGCAGGCUCAAUGCUGCCUUGAAGACGCAGCUCUCUGAGAACAUCCAACAAAAAGAAAUCAGCUUUCAAGGAAAUGACUUGGGCUGCAGCCUUACUUGCCUAGGAAUAAACCCUCAAAAGACUCAAAUGGACUUUCUUUGAGAAAGACAUAUGGUAGGAUUGCAGGAACAGUUUCCAAAGUUUUUCUUUUCUUUUAUUCCAUUAAAUCUAUUUACGGCUGCAACAGUUAAUUGAUCAACUUUCUCAGCUGAAAAAAUCUUUUGCUCGUCCAAAAAGGUGUCCCAAGUUAAUCAGGCUGAAAAUCUUUAUUUUAUUUAUUCUGAUAAAAAACUGAAUUGCAGAGAGGAACCAAGAGUGAGUACGGUAAUUUCUUUUUACUCAAAGGGCCACAUUGCCCUAGUGGGCAGCCUUCUGGGGGCCACAUGCUAAUUUGCUGGUGGAGCAAGAAAUAUUAUUAUUUAUUUAUUUAUAUCCUGUUCUUUUUUUAUUGACAUGAACUGAAGGCGGCUUUACAGAUAAAACAGGAACAUCUAAAAAUAUCGUGCUUUUCUGAAUUUUUCAAUGGAGAACCCGAGCACACGGAAACACCGUUUACCUUCCCGCUGCAGUGGUACCUAUUUAUCUACUUGCACUGGCAUGCUUUUGAACUAGGUUGACAGGAGCUGGGACAGAGCAACAGAGUUUUGGGGAUUCGAACCACCAGCCUUUCAAUCAGCAAUCACCCUUUUGCUGCUGUGAGAAGGGGAUGCUCAACUAUAUGGGUCUUUGGCCUUUUCCAGCAGGGAACAUCUUAUGUUCAAUGGUGAGAUUUGGACUUAGAAUUUGGGAUUUGCAACUUGUGGAGUUUCCCCCUAUCAAUUUCAGUCAUUUGGGGGAGACCCAGAGAUCUGGGUUAGAGAACAGAAUCCGGUGAUCCUUUCCUGAAGUGGAGGUCACCAAUGUGUCCCCAUAGGCCUUCACAUACCCACAGAGGUCCCCCUGGGUCCCCUACCCUGCCCCUCCCUGCUCUGAAAGCAGGCUCAAAAACAGCACUUUGUUGUAGCCCAUGGAACAGUUUGUGGUGUGUGUGUGUGUGUGUGUGGUGCCGGCAACAGCUUAUCUAGUCUGUGAAUGUAUCCGAAAGGGCCAAAAAGGGUUGGUGACACCUUCUCCUAAAGAAGAGAGGGGGUCACCCUUGCAGGGGGUUGGACUAGAUGACCCUUUGGUCCCUUCCAACUUCACGGUUCUGUGACUCUAAGAAAAAUAGAGAUCAAUUUAGGUGACACUUUGAACCACUUGGUUGCUUGACUGGAAGUCAGGUGUGGCUUACCAAAAUGAGCAACGCAAUAGCAGAACUGGGAACUGACUCAUCUUCCCCCUUUCUGGGGUCUCAGAUGCACAUUGCAGGGCUUUAGAGAUUGAAGAAGUAGCCUUGUGGCCGAGACCUGCUGUCUCCCAAUUCGUACAAUAUCCAAGCUAACAGGUGUUACUUGCCUUUUCAGUCCCUUGAGUUGAUUCCUUGAUGGCUGCGUUUUGCCUCCACAGCUGGAAGCAGGAAUGCUUCUGAAUACUAGUUACAGGAAACUGCAGGUGGGGAGAAUGCAAAUUUACUCAAAUCCUACUUGUGGGCUUCCCACAGGCAUCUGGUUGGUCACAGCGAGAACAGGAUGCUGGACUCGAUGGGCUGUGGACCUGAUCCAACAGGCUAGUCUUAUGCUCUUGCUUUAAUCAAAAGUCAUGCAGUCACUACAUGUUGUUUUCAUUACAUUUUGAUCCCAACCUUUGUUCACUGAGCUCUUGGCAUCAUUUUGUUGUUUAGUCCUUUAGUCCUGUCCGACUCUUUGUGACCCCUUGGACCAGAGCAUGCCAGGCACUCCUGUCUUCUGCCUCCCGCAGUUUCGUCAAACUCAUGCUGGUAGCUUCACGAACACUAUCCAGCCAUCUUGUCCUCUGUCGUCCCCUUCUCCUUGUGCCCUCCAUCUUUCCCAACAUCAGGGUCUUUUCCAGGGAGUCUUCUCUUCUCAUGAGGUGGCCAAAGUAUUGGAGCCUCAGCUUCAGGAUCUGUCCUUCCAGUGAGCACUCAGGGCUGAUUUCCUACAGAAUGGAGAGGUUUGAUCUUCUUGCAGUCCAUGGGACUCUCAAGAGUCUCCUCCAGCACCAUAAUUCAAAAGCAUCAAUUCCUUGGUGAUCAACCUUCUUUAUGGUCCAGCUCUCACUUCCAUACAUCACUACUGGGAAAACCACAGCUUUAACUAUACGGACCUUUGUUGGCAAGGUGAUAUCUCAUAGGCACCUAGAAAGCCACCUUAUAACAACUCAGGCCAAUGGCCCAUCUGUAUUGUCCUCAGGCAUUGGUUGAACUAAUGACUCUCCAGGGUUGGAAGGGACCCAAGGAUCUAGUCUGUGAGUAGGCAACCUAAGGCCCGGGGGCUGGAUUCAGCCCAAUCACCUUCUAAAUUUGGCCCAUGGACGGUUCGGGAACCAGAGUGUUUUUACAUGAGUAGAAUGUGUGCUUUUAUUGAAAAUGCAUCUCUGGGUUAUUUGUGGGGCAUAGGAAUGUGUUCAUUUUUUUACCCAAAAUAUAGUCUGCCCCCCCACAAGGUCUGAGGGACAGUGGACCGUGUUGGGAUGCAUCCAAGGGAACAGGAGCAAUUGGCAGGCCCACAGCUGGCUCCAGCCCAACAGCCAGUUGCCGGUCGAACUCCAGUCCUUGGUUCUGCAUCAAAACUGCGACUCAGAAGAAGAGUUUGGAUUUGAUAUCCUACUUUAUCACUACCCUAGGGAGUCUCAAAGCAGCUAACAUUCUCCUUUCCCUUCCUCCCCCACAACAAACACUCUGCGAGGUGAGUGGGGCUGAGAGACUUCAGAGAAGUGUGACUAGCAGCUGCAUGUGGAGGAGCGGAGAUGCGAACCCGGUUCCCCAGAUUACGAGUCUAUCGCUCUUAACCACUACACCACACUGCUCUCAGAGCUUCAGAAGCCUUUCAGGAGCUGAGCACGCAAGCCAGCAGAUAAACAAACUCUUUGCAACGGAAGGGCAGAUAGAGGCAUAUGUAAAGCGCAUUUACAAGCAGUUUAUUCAGCAUACAUCAGGACAAAGGAAAAAGAACAUGUCUUCUCCCUUUCAUGUCCAAGCAAGACAGCAAAAGCAAAAGCUAUACACAAACGGAAGUUCCCAGCAAGCUGUGCUGGAGAGUAAACAGACAUGUGACAUACAACAAUCAUGUCUGUUCCUUUUAAGGUGGAACGGAACAUCAACAUCCUAACAGACCAGCCCCCGGCUGAAAAAGUUUGCUGACCCCUGUUUCUAGUCCAACCCCUGACAGUCCAGGAAUCUCAAAUAGAGUAUCCAUGACUUAUGACCAUCCAACCUCUGCUUUAGAACCUCCUUGGAAGGAGAGUCCACAACCUCCCAAAGGAGACUGUUCCACUGUUAAACAGCUGUCACUCUCAGAAGGUUAUUCUUAAUGCUUAGUGGGCAUCUCCUUUCUUGUCACUUAAAGCUUGCUCCAUCUUCCCUGUGAGAGGCCCUCAGAGAGCCCUAUCAUAUCUCCUCACAGUCUCCUCUUUUCCAAGCUAAACAUGCCCAGCUCCCUCGCCCCUUCCAUGGAGGUGCCAUGGAUUGAAUUACACUGCCAGCCAAUGUAAACAUUACUGAGCUGGAGAGACCGAUGGCUUGACUGAAUAUAAAACAGUUCCUUACAUUCUUAUGAGAAGGGUCACCACCCAUUGCUAGAUAUAGGCAACAUGCCAUAAAGCUGUUAAGGAGCUAGAGGUCAGGGAGAUGGCCUUAGAGGGGAGGAUGCAGUGCUUUAUUGCAUAGCCAAAAGCUGCUGGCAAGAAAGUGAAAUUAUAUAGAGGCAGCAGAGAACAGACUACUCAUGGUGGUGCCAAGGAAAGAGCCUGUUAAGAGUCUUAGUCCUGAAGGCCUUCGAAAGACUUGAGGCUCUAAUAAUAAUAAUAAGCAGAGACAUCACCUUGCCAACAAAAGUCCGUAUAGUUAAAGCUAUGGUUUUCCCAGUAGUGAUGUAUGGAAGUGAGAGCUGGACCAUAAAGAAGGCUGAUGACCAAGGAAUUGAUGCUUUUGAAUUAUGGUGCUGGAGGAGACUCUUGAGAGUCCCAUGGACUGCAAGAAGAUCAAACCUCUCCAUUCUGAAGGAAAUCAGCCCUGAGUGCUCACUGGAAGGACAGAUCCUGAAGCUGAGGCUCCAAUACUUUGGCCACCUCAUGAGAAGAGAAGACUCCCUGGAAAAGACCCUGAUGUUGGGAAAGAUGGAGGGCACAAGGAGAAGGGGACGACAGAGGACGAGAUGGUUGGAUAGUGUUCUUAAAGCUACCAGCAUGAGUUUGACCAAACUGUGGGAGGCAGUGGAAGACAGGAGUGCCUGGCGUGCUCUGGUCCAUGGGGUCACAAAGAGUUGGACACGACUAAACAACUAAACAACAACAAAAAAUUAUUUAUACCCCAUCCAUCUGGCUGAGUUUCCCCAGCCACUCUGAGUGGCUUCCAACGGAAUAUUAAAAUACAAUAGUCUAUUAAACAUUAAAAGCUUCCCUAAACAGGGCUGCCUUCAGAUGUCUUCUAAAUGUCUGGUAGUUGUUUUUCUCUUUGACAUCUGGUGGGAGGUCAUUCCACAGGGCGGGUGCCACUACCGAGAAGGCCCUCUGCCUGGUUCCCUGUAACUUGGCUUCUCGCAGGGACGGAACCGCCAGAAGGGCCUCGGAGCUGGACCUCAGUGUCCGGGCAGAACGAUGGGGGUGGAGACGCUCCUUCAGGUAUACUGGAUUGAGGCCAUUUAGGGCUUUAAAGGUCAGCACCAACACUCUGAAUUGUGCUCGUAGACAUUGUGCCCAUGUCGUAGCAUCCCCACAGUUCCACAAUUUCAGUGAUUACCAAGCUGCAAAUGUACAAAUCUGAGUUGGGUUCUCUGAUGCUUUUGCAGGUAAUUCUGCAUCUCACUUUUCUCCUCCUCCUCAUAUUCAAGGCCUCGCAUUAUAUUCUGCCACAUCAUCCAAUGGCGGCAACUAAUUUCACUUUGCGGGGCGUAAGCCUCUCCCGGCUAUGAGAAAACACAAGAUAAGAGCGGAUCUCAUUUGCUAUAGUAAUUCCUUAUCAAAGUCACAAAGCCAGCGAGAGUGAAAGAGAAGAUUACCUACCACUGAGAAAUGCCUUGGGAAAUAGGAUUAUUUUACAUGCCAUUUGGCAGCUAACUCAUAACAUUUAUUGCGCUGAGUAGUUGCAGCUGAGUUUUCAGGGAGGGAUUUUAAUUGGCCCUGUGACUUGUUAUGCUGAUUAAAACGAUAAUCUCUGAUGAAAAGCUUUGUCGGAGCGCUUCUUAAACCGCUGCUUCCAAGGCCAGUGGGGUUAGGGGACAAGUUGUGGGGUUUUUUAAAUUAGUAUUUAUUGGGUUUUCAAUGUUGCCAGUUUCUGCCCCCACAUUGCACUCAUCUUCAAGCUGCUAUGUACCGUAUUUUUCGCUCCAUAAGACGCACCAGACCAUAAGACACACCUAGUUUUUGGAGGAGGAAAACAAGAAAAAAAAUAUUCUGAAUCCCAGAAGCCAGAACAGCAAGAGGGAUCGCUGUGCAGCGAUCCCUCUUGCUGUUCUGGCUUCUGGGAUAGCUGCGCGAAGCCUCUUCAGGGCAGGGGAAACAUUCUUCCCGCUGCCCUGAAGAGGCUCUGUGUUGCUAUCCCAGAAGCCAGAACAGCAAGAGGGAUUGCUGCACAGUGAAAGCAGCGAUCCCUCUUGCUGUUCUGGUUUCUGGGAUAGCUGCGCAGCCUGCAUUCGCUCCGUAAGAUGCAAACACAUUUCCCCUUACUUUUUAGGAGGGAAAAAGUGUGUCUUAUAGAGCAAAAAAUACGGUAAGUCUAAAGCAGGGACUGCUAAUGUGGCACAGUGAGGCAGUUAUAGUGGUUAGCUUUUCAUCUUUGAAAAAUGUCUAGAACCAAAUGAAGAAAUUGGAAAAGUGAUGCUCCUCUCUCUUUGCCCCACCAUCCUCUUUCAGUAUAAUAUUUUUUUCAAGGCUCAGAUUAAUUGUGCUGGAUCUGACUUUUACCCAGUUUCCUUGGGAAAGUGCUAUGCAUAUGCACACACUUUCUGUCUCUCAGGGUUGGCAAAAAAGUGAUCAGAGGCAACGGGACUCACUCCCUCAAAAAUCCAGGUGUGCCAACAGGCCCAAAGAGUGUGGCUAUCCCUCUUUUAAUGGGUUGUCUGAUGCACGUAACCCUCAUAAUCUUCUCACAAUGUUUAAAGAAAGGAAGAGAGUAAAGUUUGCUGUGUGAGAAUUAGUUACCAACUUAAAAUAAAAAUAAAAAUCAGAGGCUACAUUGGUGCCUUUAACAGCAGUCUUAUCUGGAGAUGUUAACAACUGAUGAUGCAUAGUUUCCACGCCAAGAAAAUACCCAUUUGCUAAUUUCUGCAGAAUCAGGCUGCUGUUAAAAGGUACAGGAGCAGAACGGAUUGAGAUCUCCCUCUUCUGCCAAUUACUACUGGUUGGGAGACCCUCUAGAGCUGAUUUUGGGGUACACAGAGAAGGAGGAGGAGGAAGAGAGUAAUCUGAAAUCCUGCUGUGCUAGCAGAACGCAACUGUUGCAGCAAUAGAAACCUUACGUUUGGGCUCCUUUUGAAAUUCUUCAAGGUGUUUUGAAAGACUAAAUUCAAACUUGAGAGAAGUUUCAAGAGCAACAUUAUUAUUAUUAUUAUUAUUAUUAUUAUUAUUAUUAUUAUACUGCCCUAUACCUGCAGGUCUCAGGGCGGUUCCCUUUACUAACAUGGUGGUGGGCAAGGAUGCUAGACAAAGACAGUCUAGUAUUUUGAAAUAGAAACUUAAAUAUCAUACAGUUACAGAAGAAGUGUGCAUGCACACGAAAGCUUAUACCCAGAACAAACUUAGUUGAUCUCUAAGGUGCUACUGGACAAUUUUUUAAUUUUUUUAUUUUUUUUUUUAAUGGAGAUGGAGACACUUCUUCAGGUAUACAGGGCUGAGGCCAUUAAUCUGGUGGCACUAAUUUCCAUCUCCAUUGCAAAGGAAAUUGUGCAUCCCAAACCAUUUCCGUGGACUGCGUGGGUAUUGCUGUCUGUGCUUAUAUGUGGACUGAAAGCAACAUCAUCUAAAGGCAUCUUAGGGGAAGAGUUGUGGCUCAGUGUUAGAAUUCCUUCUUUGUAGGGAGAAGGUCCCAGGUUCAGUCUCUCACAUCUCCAGGAAGGUUUGGGAGAGACUUCUGUCUGAAUCUCUGGAGAGCUGUUGCCAUUCACUGUAGACAAUCCUGAGCGAGAUGGACCAAUCAGAUGGUCUGACUUGGUGCAGAAACAGAGGUAGCUGCCUUCUACCAUGUCAUUCCAUUGGACCAUUUAGCACACUGUUGUCUACUCUGGCUAAUGCAAGACAGCUUCUUAUGUUCCUAAUGAGUUAGAAAGUGUGGAUUUCUGCAAACUUUUAAGCAGUAUUUUAAUUCGUUGUUGUUGUUUAAUCGUUUAGUCGUGUCCGACUCUUCGUGACCCCAUGGACCAGAGCACGCCAGGCACUCCUAUCUUCCACUGCCUCCCACAGUUUGGUCAGACUCAUGUUUGUAGCUUCGAGAACACUAUCCAACCAUCUCGCCCUCUGUCGUCCCCUUCUCCUUGUGCCCUCCAUCUUUCCCAACAUCAGGGUCUUUUCCAGGGAGUCUUCUCUUCUCAUGAGGUGGCCAAAGUAUUGGAGUCUCAGCUUCAGGAUCUGUCCUUCCAGUGAGCACUCAGGGCUGAUUUCCUUCAGAAUGGAUACGUCUGAUCAUCUUGCAGUCCAUGGGACUCUCAAGAGUCUCCUCCAGACCAUAAUUCAAAAGCAUCAAUUCUUCGGCCUUCUUUGUGGUCCAGCUCUCACUUCCAUAUAUCACUACUGGGAAAACCAUAACUUUAACUAUACGGAUCUUUGUUGGCAGGGUGAUGUCUCUGCUUUUGCUCUGCUUUGCUCUGCUUUUAAUUAGUAUUUAAUUAGUAUUUUAAUAAAGUCAUGCAAAUUACUGCAAAAUAUAUUUGCACCCCAGUCUUGCACUGUCUGCAGCUUUGAGAUGGGACAAAGAGUGAACCUAUUUAUUGCCAAUCAGAACACUCCACAAAAGGAACCUUUUCUAUUCUGAAGGCAGCUUAAAAGCCCAGGAAAAUGAUCCAUUAUAUAUCGCUUUUAUUUCAAAAAUAACAUAUCCAUGGAAUGCUGGGCUUCUCUUCUAAAACGUUGUUUUCUCUCCUCCCCCCCCCCCCCGACUUUCUUUCAUCCUUAUCCUUUUUGCGGGGGAAGUAUUGCUUCUCCUGAUAGUGUCCUUGUAUUACAAGUGUCCCCAUAGGAUUAACUUGACCUAUUUCAAAGGAGAAAUAGAGAAACAUCCUUAAUGAAAUGAUCCUAAAUAUGAACUAGUUGCAUAACAGCCCUACUUUUCAUCAGCCGGUAAUGUGUGACAUCCUAUCUGCUUCCUACCACAACCAUGUGCUGUGUACAGUUGACUAUAAAGAAAUCCUAGUGGAUCAGAUUCUACUCAUGUGUAGGAGCUCCACACAGUGAGAACAUUCAUGGUCUGCAUAGAAACCAUGUGCAGUGCCCAGCUGUUGCAGAAAGUGGCUAAAAAGUGCUAAAAGUACUUCUUCUUCUUUGACGAUCACUUGUAGCCGAGUAAGAUUUUCUUCCAUGACCACGGUCUUAGCAGUGAGUCCAUGAGUGACUGUGGAGGCCAAUUCUGGAUCCACACGUCCUUCCACAGUUGGGACAUAGGUUUCUGGGCAGGAGUUGAUCAUGGUGAGGGUUUGCCAAGCGUGUAUUCCUCUUAGCAUGUUUCUUCUUUUCGUCCUGAGUUCAAGCGUCUUCAAAGACCAUGACACCUUUGGUAAAGGCUGUUCUCCAACUGGAGCGCUCGCAGGCCAGUGUUUCCCAGUUGGUAGUGUCUAUACUACAUUUUUAAAGAUUUGCCUUGAGAGAGUCUUUAAACCUCUUUCAUUGACCACCAGCAUUAUGCUUUCCAUUUUUAAGUUCGGAAUAGAGUAGUUGCUUUGGAAGACAAUAAUCAGGCAUCUGCGCAACAUGACCAGUCCAACGAAGUUGAUGUUGAAGAAUCAUUGCUUCGACACAGGUGAUCUUUGCUUCUUCCACUACACUGGCAUUAGUUCGCCUGUGUUCCCAAGAGAUGUUUAAAUUAUUUUGGAGACACCGUUGAUGGACUCUUUUGAGGAGUUGGAGAUGGGGUUUUAAGUGGUCCAUGUUUCACAAGCAUACAGUAAGGUUGGUAGUACAAUAGCUUUGUAAACAAGCAUUUUGGUUUCCCUGUGAAUUUCCUGGUCCUCAAACACCCUGCACUUCAAUAGGGAGAAAGCUGUACUCACAGAGCUCAAACGAUGAUGGAUUUCGGCAUCAAUGUCGGCCCUUUUGGAAAGAUAACUGCCCAGGUAGGAGAAGUGAUUGACACUUUCCAGUGUUGCACCAUUGAGUUGAAUUGGUUAGAUUUGUUGUUGCAGGAAGUGGGUGCAAUGUCUGGGGCUAAAAUUGCAACCACACCAUGGCCUGACCUGUGAGAAGCACAUAGAAUCACAUAAUUGUAGAUUUGGAAGAGACCCCACGAGUCACAUGGUCCAACCCUCUGUAUGCACGAAUCUCAACAAAAUCACAAUAGCUGACCAGAUGUCCAUGGGAAGCCAGCGAUCAGAACCUCAGCAUAACCUCACCAGUAGUUUCCUGCAACUGGCAUUCAGAGGCAUAUAGCCAAGAGGCAGGGCAUAGACAACAUAGCUAGUGGGCACUGUCAGCCGUAUCCUCCAUGAAUUUGUGUAACUUAUUUUUACAGCCAUCCAAGUUGGUGGUCACUCACUAGGUGACCUUGGGAUAGUCACAUACUGUGUAAAGAUUCUCAGUUGCUUUUAGGUUUUCCUCCCCAUUGUGUCUACAUUUAAAUUCUAUAAUAUUUCUAUUUCUACAUGCAUUUGUAUUGGUUACGCUUAUUACUUUUACUGUAUAUUGUAUGUGUUUAUUUCAAGAUAUCUUAAUUUACUAAUUAUUAUUAUUAUUUUAAAAAAGAUAAAAUGCAUGGUUGGGAGUGUUGCUUUGUGGAGGAAAACCAGGAUAAGAAUGUAAUGUGAUAAAAUAAAAAGUGCACCUCCUCAUUCCAUCUGAUUACCUCUUUCCAGAAUGAAGCUGUUUCAGGGUCUCAGCACUGCCUGUAUACCCAUCGGUGCACUUAUUGCCAAUUCUCCCCUUCUGAAAGCCGAGACCUCUGCCCACUGUUAG